AGGAGAUAGAUAGCCUUCCAUUUAAUUUGGUCUUCGUUUUGGGAAACAGUUCCGAACAAUCUCGAGAUGAGGCUGAAAUCUGAACUUGACUUGGUGACUUUGGCAACUUUGGUCGUCUGCCUAUUUGUACUAUCAUCGGCAGAGAGUUUCAAUUGGUCCGCGUGUUCUCAGUCUUGCGGAGGAGUUUCCACUCGGCAGAAAUGCUUAAUGGUGAAUGGCGAGACAGUGUGUGACGAUGAGAUUAAGGCCUGCAAUCACCAACCCUGUGUCGGCCCUUCUCUCUGGACUCAAAUGUGUGAACAAAAAUCCCGAUCAUUCAAACCUCUCAUUCCCGAGGCGGAGUCGUGCCGUCUGUCGUGUUUCUCGGACGCGGGCGUCUACCGGGUCUACAACGAAACCUUCCUCCCCGAUGGAACCGAGUGUUCAAUCAACUCCAUUUGCGUACAGGGCAUUUGCAAGAGAGUGGGCUGCGAUGGAAUAGUGAGGUCUGAGAAGAGAUUUGACAAGUGCGGGGUUUGUGGGGGCGAAGGAUCCACAUGUACGAGAGAGGCGGGAGGCGUCCAGGUUCAAAUCACAAAUAAAGGAGUGACUUUGGAUGUGAUAGAAAUACCAGCAGGGGCCACAUCAGUUGUCGUGACCAAGGACACGGACGGAAACAUAUUUGACAUUAGCGAAGAAAGUGGGCUCAAAAUGACGGAAAAUGAAGGCAAAGAGAAACUCACAAUUAGAGGACCAAUUCAAACUCCUUUGACUGUAUCGCUGCGUGCUUCGACUGUGGGCAGUGUUCGCGUGGAGUACGAGUUCUACAUUCCAAAUAAGGAAAGAGGAUUUGAGGGGGAGACUUCAGGACGCUCAAUAGGAGACAACUCUAGUUCCGAUUCAGAGUACGUGUGGGUCACUACUCCGGCUGGUGAAUGCACUGUGAGGUGUGGGGGAGGAAUUCAGAAUCUGUUGGUGUCAUGUGCGAAGAAACCAGAUGGUCUGGAAUACACAGAUGAGCACUGCGACGGUCAGCCCAAGCCCAGUCACCAGAGAGUCUGCAACACCCACCCCUGCAAGGCCAGGUGGGUGGCGACGGAGUGGAGUGAGUGUAUUGACAAUUGUGAGGAUGGGGAGAGGGCGAGGAAUGUCUACUGCGAACAGGAGAGUCCCAACAUGUUCGACCCCCUCUCACAGAACAUCAUAGUUCCUGAUGAGGAGUGUCUGUUAUCGGAUGGGCCGAAGCCCUCCUCGACUGAGUUGUGCUCUGGGGUGAACUGUCCCGCCCGGUGGAAAGUCACUCACUGGUCAACUUGCGAUGCUGACUGUUUCCAAACACGUGAACUAGAGUGUGUUCAAAAUGGAAAUAGAGUGGAGAAUGUAAUGUGUAGUGCAGAGUUGCUGCCUGAACUAGUUCAGAAGUGUGUCAAGUGUGAACCAAUAGCAGAGAAUGAAAUUAGGAGAGAUGGAAAUGAUGGAGAAAAUGAUGAAAUUAUAGUUUACAAGUGGACUGCUGGUCAGUGGUCAGAGUGUUCGUCGGAUUGUGGGGAGGGAAUGCGUAGCCGGGAGGUCUCUUGUCAAAGUUCUUCUUCCCCCUCUUCUUCUGGGAUGAGAGUGACUGAUGGUUCUUUGUGCGACCCGAAGACCAAGCCCCCCUCCCUUGACACAUGCUACUCCAAGACAGGCUGCAAUGCCAUCUGGUUCGCAUCCCCAUGGGAAGAGUGUUCUGUGGUGUGUGGGUGGGGCAUCCAGAAGCGACAAGUGAAGUGUGUGCUGGAGAGUAACCGAAGCAAAGAGGCGGAGGAAGGGGAGACGGAGUGCAACAGACAGACCAAGCCACAGGCUCACAAGAGCUGCUUCCUCAACUGCAACACCCAAUGGACUCAUUCCAACUGGUCCAAAUGCUCGUCCAAGUGUGGCCAAGGGUCCCAGAAGCGGGAAGUCAUGUGUAAGAUGGAGGAUGGGACCCUGAUCAAUGACAGACACUGUGAAAAACAACUGAGGCCCCCCUCCAACAGAACAUGCAACCUCGCCCCCUGCUCACCCAACCAACUAACCCCGCCUGCCGAAUGUGGACUGGCUAUGGACUAUGGGGACUGCGGACAGAAGGUGUUCCGAUACUACUUCGAGCCAAUUUCAGCAUCAUGCGAGGUGUUCGUGUACUCUGGCUGUGGCGGUAAUCGCAACAACUUCCCCAAUCGACUCAAGUGCGAGUCCACAUGUGCCCCCACCAAAGACAACGUCAUGAUGAGUGAUGAGCAGAGCUGUCAAUCAUCUCUCUAUGGUUGUUGUCCCGAUGGCGUCACAUUCGCUCGUGGUCGCGACUACCUCGGAUGUCCUCCCUCGUGCGACCGAAUGCCGUUCGGCUGUUGUCCUGACGGUGUCUCGGUGGCCCAGGGUCCCGACUACUAUGGCUGUGGUCCCGCUUGUAUGUUCACCAUGUAUGGCUGCUGUAAGGACAAUAAGUCCCAUGCUCAUGGCCCAAAUUAUGAAGGUUGCGAUGAAAUUGGAUUACAUAACACGUGGGAAGAGAAACCAGUGCAACCUAGACCAGAGCCUCAGCCAAGACCACAGCCCCAGCCCAGACCUGAUCCCCGGCCCAUAGCCGCGGACAGUAGUGAUGUGGCCACUAUGUACGACUCAUGCAUCUACUCGGCCUACGGGUGCUGUCCGGAUGGGUCCGCCGCCUACCCGGACAGAUCCAACUGUCGUGAUGACCCCAGAUAUGUGUGCCAGUACACCACUUAUGGAUGCUGUCCCGACGGGGAGACUGCAGCUGCGGAUGUGUACCAAUCCAACUGUCACUACAACCCCUCCACACAUCCGGAUAUGUGUCAUGGAGUGCCUCCCGACCGUUACAUGAACUGCGGCGGAACCUACGAGAGUAAGUACUUUUUCAACGAGACCUCGCAACAAUGCGACCACUACUGGGCCUCUGGGUGUCAACAGUCUUUCGGAUUUCCGAGCAACGAGGAGUGCCGAACGCACUGCGGUGUUGCGGGCUCAAAUGACUACUAUCACUACUACAAUCAGUAUCCGAACCACCAUUCUGGAAACUACUGGCAGUGGGACCGGGACCAUUAUGACCCCUAUUGGGCGUACUACUAUGGUCAUCACGGAAACAACAACCCGUAUGGAUACAACCCUUACUACCCGUACAACCCUUACCAAUACGGCUAUGCCGCUGGUGAACAACUGCCUACAGCAGGGGCUCAACCAGCACCAGAAAUUUCCUAUGUUUACCCUGAGCCCCAACCUCAACCGCAGCCACAGCCGCAAACUGGACCUUGCUCCGGGAGUCCAAGAUCCCAGAACCUCUGUGCCUUGGAGUACACUCUGAAGUACUUCUACAAUUCCACAAGUGGAAUGUGUCAGAGUUACUAUGACGGUGGAUGCGACUCCUCUCAGAACCAGAACUCGUAUUCUUCCAGAAUGCUCUGUCGAGACUCGUGCAUACCGCCCGCUGUAGUUGCCGACUCCGUUCCAGUUCCACCGACGUACUACUACGCUUAUCAACCAGUGGCCGAGGAUCCGAAGUAUAAUAAUAUGUAUUACAGCGACUACCUGGCCAGUUUGGAAGGUGGUUGGGCUAAUUCGGGAGAGGCGAUGCCAACUAGAAGGGCAGCUCCUCCACCUCAGGGAGUAUCAGCGACAUGUGAGAUGUCUCCGGAUGCGGGUCCGUGUCGUGCCUACAUGUACAGAUGGUACUUCAACCGAGACAGUGGUAGAUGCGAUCAGUUCAUCUACGGCGGUUGCCAAGGAAACCAGAACAACUUUGCAUCCCAGUCAGACUGUGCCAGGCUAUGCCUUUCCGGUUCAACUGGCGGUGGUCCUUCUCUGCAGCUGAUUGCCGACUGGAGGUUGGUCGAGGUCAACCGAGGUGACACCGCAGUGCUUCAGUGCAACAUCAUUCCAAUGUCGGAAUACAACAGAAACAUGGUGGUACGGUGGAUGAAGAGUGGGAGUGGGGUUGGGGGGACUAACUCCCCCGUGAUCGUGUCUGAAGGCAACAAAGUGCGAGUGAGCACGACUGGACGCCUGGAGAUCAACAGUGCAGAACAGAGGGACUCGGGCGUCUAUGUCUGUUCACUUGAUGACAACGGAGUAGUCAAGAGUGACAAUGUGACACUCACUGUCACAGAUAAGGGUGCGGGUUCGUCCUCUACUACUGGUGUGAAUAAUUUGGUCACUUGUCCGUACGCAGAACGAGUGCGCAUCACCGAGCGACCCGCAAGCCAGAUCUCGAUGCCAGUGGGUGCGGCCAUGACACUCAACUGCAAGGCCCAGGGAAGCCCGCAGCCGAGUAUCACGUGGUCGCGGGACUCUGAGCGUCUGUCUACUGGUGAGUCGUGGACCAAGUACGCGUGGUCGGAGGGGGAGACGGGAUACUACAGGUGCGAGGCAACCAACGGGUACACUUCAGAUGUGGCCUACUUCUACAUUAAUGUCGACGCAAGCUAUCCCCUGUACGACCAAGACCAGCCACAGAGACAGCCCCAGCCGACUCGAGUCGUGUCGCCACCCUCGGAACCGACUCCCAUCUACAACCCGCAACCCCAGCCGAUGAACCGAAUGGCAAGUUGUGUCGACAGUCGACCCGACUGCAAUGUGUACCUCUCGUACUGUAGCAAUGAGGCCUUCUACCAAACUUGCUGCAUGUCGUGUCGUGCAGCAGCUUCGGCUUUUAAUCCGAAUGCCGGAUCACCCUAUGCGAAUCCAGGGAUAAGAUACCCAGUGUCGUAAACUGGUCUUUGGAUGCAAAUUAACUCCGAGAAAAGUACUCUGAAAAUAAUGAGAUGAAACUCAUAUGUCAUAAAAACUGCUUUCUAACAAGCUCAUAUUGCUUCCGCCUAAUUAAAACACUAUAAACGCUUGCCAAACUGCUCAUAUGCUUUUGAUUGAGAUUGGACAGUUUUUCAAAAAGCGCCCAAAUUUCAACGAAAUUGAUGGCUGAAAAAUAUCCCAUUAGCUGAAGCUCAAUC